AUGGCGACUCUGGCUGCUCCAUGCCGACUGGCGACUCUGGCUGCUCCAUGCCGACUGGCGACUCUGGCUGCUCCAUGCCGACUGGCGACUCUGGCUGCUCCAUGCCGACUGGCGACUCUGGCUGCUCCAUGCCGACUGGCGACUCUGGCUGCUCCAUGCCUCUGGCUGGCGACUCUGGCUGCUCCAUGCCGACUGGCGACUCUGGCUGCUCCAUGCCGACUGGCGACUCUGGCUGCUCCAUGCCGACUGGCAGCUCCAUGCAGACUGGCAGCUCCAUGCAGACUGGCAGCUCCAUGCAGACUGGCAGCUCCAUGCAGACUGGCAGCUCCAUGCAGACUGGCAGCUCCAUGCAGACUGGCAGCUCCGGCUGCGCUAAACAGGCAGGAGACUCCGGCAACGCUGUAGAGGCGUAAGGCUCUGGCAGCGCUAAACAGGCGGGAGACUCCGGCAGCGCUGGAGAGGCGAGGCGCACUGUAGGCCUGAUGCGUGGUGCUGGCACUGGUGGUACUGGGCCGAGGACACGCACAGGAAGCCUGGUGCGGGGAGCUGCCACCGGAGGGCUGGGGUGUGGAGGUGGUACUGGGUAGACCGGACCGUGCAGGCACACUGGAGCUCUUGAGCACCGAGCCUGCCCAACCUUACCUGGUUGAAUACUCCCGGUCGCUCUGCCAGUGCGGCAAGGUGGAAUAGCCCGCACUGGGCUAUGCAGGCGAACCGGGGACACCGAGCGUAAGGCUGGUGCCAUGUAAGCCGGCCCAAGGAGACGCACUGGGGACCAGAUGCGUAGAGCCGGCUUCAUGGCAUUUGGCUCGACGCUCAAUCUAGCCCGGCCGAUACGCAGAGCUGGAAUAGAACGCACCAGACUAUGCACCCGCACUGGAGACGCCGUGCGCACCACAGCAUAACACAGUGUCUGCCCGGUCUCUCUAGCCCCCCGGUAACCACAGGAAGUUGGCGUAGGUCUUCUACCUAGCGUCGCCAUACUCCCUGUGAGCCACCCCCAAGAUUUUUUUUGGGCUGACUCCCGGGCUUCCUAUCGGGCCGCCGUGCUUGCUUCACCAACUCCAUUUUUCUAUACCCCUCUUCGCACUGCUCCAGCGAAUCCCAAGCGGGCUGCGGCACUCCUCCUGGGUCGGCUGCCCACCUGUCUAUUUCCUCCCACGUAGUGUGGUCCAGAAUCUGCUCCCAUGUCCUUUCCUCUCUUUGUUGCUCCUGCUGCCGCUGUUGCAUGUUACCACGCCGCUUGGUCCUGUUGUGGUGGGUGUUUCUGUCACGGCUUUCCUUGUGGGAAGGAGGAGCGGACCAAAAUGCAGUGUAGUUGUGAUUAAUUUUAUUUUAAUAAAGAACUAUACACGAUAAACUAACAAAAUAACAAAUGUGCGCAAACAGCCCUAUCUGGUGCAAAACACAGAGACAGGAACAAUCACCCACAAACACACAGUGAAACCCAGGCUACCUAAAUAUGGUUCCCAAUCAUAGACAAUGACUAACACCUGCCUCUGAUUGAGAACCAUAUCAGGCCAGACAUAGAAAUAGACAAACAAGACAUCCAACAUAGAAUGCCCCCUCAGAUCACACCCUGACCAACGAAAACAUAGAAACAUACAAAGUAAACUAUGGCCAGGGCGUGACACCCGUAACGUUUUUUUUAAACAAAUGAGUAACAAACAAAAGCUGAAAUGUCUUGAGUCAGUAAGUAUUCAACUCCUUUGUUAUGGCAAGCCUAAAUAAGUUUAGGAGUAAACAUUUGCUUAACAAGUUGCCCAUUUGGGCAUGGUGAAGUUAUUAAUUAUACUUUGGAUGGUGUAUCAAUACACCCACUCACUACAAACUCAGUUGCCGGAAAGGAAGGAAGGAUUUCUCCAAGAAACCAAUGGAGACUUUAAAACAGGUACAGAGAUUAACGGCUGUGAAAGGAGAGAACUGAGGAUGGAUCAACAACAUUCUAGUUAUUCCACAAUACUAACCUAACUGACAGAGUGAAAAGAAGGAAUCCUGUACAGAAUACAAAUAUAAUAGAAAAUGCAUUGUGUUUGCAACAAAAGCACUAAAGUAAUACUUCAAACAAUAUGGCAAAGCAAUUCACUUUUUGUUCUGAAUAAAAAAGUCUUAUGUUUGGGACAAAUCCAAUACAACACAUUACUGAGAACCACUCUCCAUAUUAUCAAGCAUCGUUGUGCCUUCAUCAUGUUAUGGGUAUGCUUGUAAUGGUUAAGAACUGGGGAGUGUGUUACGACUUCCGCCGAAGUCGGCCCUUCUCCUUGCUCGGGUGGUGUUCGGCGGUCGACGUCACUGGCUUUCUAGUCACCACCGAUCCAUGUUUCAGUUUCGUUUUGUUUUGUCUGUAUUACACACACCUGGUGUUCCCAUAUCAUGUUCCUUAUUUAACCCUCUGGCAUACAUUUCUGUUCUGUCUGUGAUUGUUGGUGUCUUAAGUGGUUGUUGUAUGUGCUAGUGUGUAUGUAUGUUCUUAUUUGGAAUUUUUGCUUGACUUUUUGAGUAAACUCCGUUCCGCAACAUCUCUGCACCCAAUCACUGACAGUUUUUCUGAAUAAAAAAUACAUUGAAUGGACCUAAUUCUAGAAAACCUGGCCCUGUCUGCUUUCCACCAGACACGGGUGGCUUUAGAAUCUCAAAUAUAUUUUGAAUUGUUUAACACUUUUUUGGUUACUACACGACUCCAUAUGUGUUAUUUCAUAGUUUUGAUGUCUUCACUAUUAUUCUACAAUGUACAAAAUAGUACAAAUAAAGAAAAACCCUUGAAUGAGUAGGUGUGUCCAAACUUUUGACUGGUGCUGUAUAUAUUAUUAUUAUUAUUUUGACAUAAAACACCGUAAAAAUACCAGCAAAUCAGCUCCAAGUGAUUUUAGUUUUGGAAAUCUGUUCCAAAGUAUUCCCUAUAUUUGUGACCGUAUACAAAUGUUUGCAUGGUUUGAAAAGAUAAUAUUUUAAUAAAACAUGUAUUUAUACUUCCUGUGGUCAAUUUGCAGUUAUUCAAAUUAUUUGCAAUAAUGUUCCGGCCCCCUGAUUUUUUUUUUUUAAAUAAAUCACCCCACGGGUGGAUCUAAUUUGAUAAUCCCUGUCUUAGACUUACCGAGAAAGACUGACUGCUGUAAUCGCUGCCAAAGGUGCUUCUACAAAGUAUUGACUCAGAGGUUUGAAUACUUAGGUUAAUGAAAUAUUUCUGUGUCAUUUCAAAUACAUUUGUUAAAAUAAAAACAUUUUGUUCACUUUGUCAUUAUUGUGUAGAUUAUCAUGUUUUAAAUUUUGUUUGAUCCAUUUUGAAUUCAGGCUAUAACACAUCAAAAUGUGGAAUAUAUCAAGGGGUAAGACUAAAUUCUGAAGGCACUGUUUCCCCCCCUAAUU